CACUGGCAGCGGAGGGGGAGGCGUUUGGCUCGGUGAAGACGGGGAGUGAGCGAGCGGAGAGGGUGAGAAACCAGCGGAUCUGGCCCUUUAAAUCACCAAUACAGCGCAAUCGGAGAGACAAGCCGAUGUAAGCUCGGCCGCCGCCCGGCUCCGUCAGUCUGACUUGGCAACUGUUUCCCUGUUGUCCCCGCUCCGCUGAGGUCGUCUUCUCCAUCCGUUCGUAUUAGUGUUCAGAGGGAGUCCUGUCUGCACGCCACCAGUCAGUUUUCUCCUGUGUUGGUGUAUUCUGAUGGAUCAGUAUGUCUACCACUAAUAAUAUCGCCCAGGCCAGAAAACUGGUGGAACAGCUGAGGAUCGAGGCAGGGAUUGAACGCAUUAAGGUGUCCAAAGCGGCGGCGGACCUGAUGAGUUACUGUGAGCAGCACGCUCGUAGCGACCCCCUGCUGGUGGGGGUCCCCACAUCCGAAAACCCCUUCAAGGACAAGAAACCCUGCAUCAUCCUAUAGCUGCACCCUGCUUUUCCUCUCCUAACCCCCCCCCCCCCCCACCCCACACACACACACACACACAACACAAACACAAACUCAAACACACACAUACACAUAUUAC